UAUAAAAUGAAUGUAGACUUUCAACUAAUUAGAAAACAAGAAAUUCCUUUACAAAAUACAUUAGACAGCACAAAGUGUCUACUUUACCUACAUGCGCUGUCUUUACAAGAAUUUGAUACUAUAAAGGAAAUGUUUGAUUGCCAAGAUAGUGUUUGGAAGGACCACUAUUUAAUCAUAAUUUCUUUUGACAAAAGAACAUUGUUUGGUUGCUUAUUUACUUACCACAACUAUAAUGAAAUCACUUUAAUCAAACUUUUUGUAUGUCCCAAUGAAAUAAGUGAUGUAAAAGUCUUGAAUCGGAACCAUUCUCAAGUAUUAAUCGCUCUUUCAUCUGGUACAUUUAUAAAAUUAGACUUAAAUAAAGAAAAAUCACAUAACAUAGUACAUAUGAACAGUUGUAUAGAUAAAUUUCUUGAAACAAAUGAUUGUAUCUUAUAUUCCGAUGGUUCUUCUAUGUGGAAAGCAGAUAAUGUAUAUGAAAACAGUAUUUCUUUUAAACAAUUAUUUGUAAAACAAGUUAAGGAUUUUGUUAAAUGCAAUGACCAAAUAGUUUGCACUACUUAUACAAACUUUAUUUAUAUAUUUUCAAUUGAUGAUGAAUCUUCAUACUUGAAACCUAUAUCCAAUGAAGAAUAUUGUUCCGCAGAAAUUUUAUUAAACAACUAUACUAUCUAUACACACUACUUAGAAAGGAUAGUAAAUGAAGUUAAUAAAAUGCAAGAACUUUUUAAGGAAAUUAAUGAAGAAAAGAAGCAUAUAACCACUCUAGCAUUGUCAAAUAAACAAGAUCUGAUGGAUACUAUUAUCCACUAUAAGGUUACUGUUUUCGAUGAUUAUGAAGAUAUUUUAAACUUAGAUAAUGUAAUAAUAUUUGCCGAUGACCCUAAAGAUAUAUUUCAUAAAGAUUCUUACUACUUUUUGAUAAAUAUUACAACUUCACACCUCCAACAAAACUUCAAAGAAAUCCUCUCAAAUAUAUUUGGCGAUCUGAGGAUACAUAUUACAUUAUUAACAAAUGAAAAUAUUUUGAAAACAACUACAGUGAAAAUUCUGGAAGAACUUAAAAAAAUAGAUAUUGUUGUAACAUUAAAAACUAAAUAUUUGGACCUGAGGAAGAAUUUUUUUAUUAACUUGCAACUUGUUACAAGGAUACCAGGUGUUUUAGAUAAAAAACAAAACCUAUGGACAUGUUUGCAUGAAAAAUAUAUUCCACUAACAUCUGAAUAUUUUAUAAAAACUAGAAAAUCUCCAAAACAUAUUUAUUUGAAGGAGAAUGGAAGUGAACUAGAAGACUUAAUUUUUAAAACAGUCAAUAAUCAAUUUGGUACUUUAUUUAGUAUUGUAAAAAAUCCUAUGAAAACUAAUGUUAAUGAGUGGGUGUUUUAUGCCAAAUUACCAAAUGAUUACAAGCAGAUAUUUAAAGAAUAUAAUAUAGGAAAUAUUUUUGAUAAAAGAAAAUGUGAAUAUAUGAAAGAACUCAUAUCAAGUGAAGAUUUUUUGAAAUCUCAAACUACCCUCCAAUUUUAUGUCAACAACGAAAAAGCUGAUAUAGAAAUAUUAAAUGAUGGUUUUUCUCGACCUGUAUUAAAAGUAACGAGUACAAAUGCGAAAGUAGCGCUUGAUAUUCGUAAUUUUAUGGCAAACUUGGUCGGGAAUGGCUUUUUGGGAUCACCACAAGAGAUGGUUGUGAACUGGUCAUUAUACUCAGUAGUUGAGACACUACAAAGAGCUGUUAAGGAUUGUCUAGUCAAAGGGAACGCUGCUGAAGAAUUUUUCGAUUUACAUCAUACCUUUCAAAGAAAUAUUAUAGCAAGUUUACCAAUUUCUUAUGUGUUUUAUUUAACUCUUGCCUAUCCUACAAAAUACAAAUUUGGUAUACCAAUAAUAAGAUUGGUGUGUCUGUUUUUAAUAUUUUAA